CUACGGAACGAUAUUUCCCUUGCUGCGGUAAAAACCCCGAAGUUAUUUUAUGAGUGGUGCACUCUAAAAGGCCUAAAACCCUGCCAGUUUAUUCUUUCUUUACACUUCCCUUCUCUCGAACCCUGGUUUCUGGUUCACGGUCCAACGGCAGGACUGUUCUAUGGGACAGAUGAAAUGUCACUUAAGGAAGCAUUUUCUGGCUUUGGUGAAGUGGUUGAAGCAAGAGUUAAAACCGACAGAGAUAGAGGGAGAUCAAGAGGAUUUGGGUUUGUUAACUUUACCAGUGAUGACUCUGCCAGCUCGGCACUACCAGCUAUGGAUGGCCAGGUGAUUUGAUAAAUAACGCUUAGAUAGAGCAUGCUGAACAAAUGCCAAAUAAAAAUAAGAAAAAUUGAAAUUUUUAUAUAUUUUUUUAAACCGUAUAUAUAUACAUAUAUAUGCUACUCAUCUUAAAGCUUAAAUAAAAAUAUUAUUACAGUAUUUCAUUUUUUUAAAAUACCGGAUUGAUAUAAUUCAUAUAUGCAAAAAAAGAGAAUUUUUUUUUUAGUCUUUUAAUGAAGAAAAAAUCUCUGCAGUGUAAGAAAAACACUUCUUAAAUAGAGAAGACAUGUGAUUGAAUAAUAAAAUCUGUGAGAAAUCAUUAUAAAGGAUUCAAAUUGGAUACAAAAGAGGAGAGAUAAAAAUUACUAAAUUUAUUUAGAAAAUUAACAUUUGUUGUAAAGAUUUCACAGCAAAAUCAUUCACAUUCAGGUGAGUCUUGAUUCAAGUUCAUAUGUUAUGUGUUUUUUUUAUAAAUAAUUGAAAAUCAAAUAAUGUAUGGUAUAUUCACGUUUACGAUUUCAUGUAAAAUUUAAUUUUGUUGUGAUUUCAUAUUGCUAGAUUGUUUAAUGUUG